AUGGAACAAGAAGGUACGAUUACUCUUCUUAAUGAUGUUAAUGCUCUCAGUACAAACUUCACUAUAAAGGUGAAGAUUAUUAGUUUGUGGAGAAAGAAGAUGAAAGGUAAUGAAAGAGAGACCUAUCGUAUCGAUAUGAUACUUAUGGAUGAGAUGGGUACCAAGAUUCAAACUUCUUGCUUACAUAGGCUCUUUUCAAAAUUUGAGAGACAUUUUAAUGUUGAUGAAUGUCUUUUAAUAAAAAGGCCAUCUCUUGCUGCCAACACUGCAUCUUUCAAAAUUGUUCCUAACAAUCAGAAGCUAUCUUUUUAUUACCAGACAUUUGUCGAAAAGUGUAGUAAAUGGGAUGGGCCACAGUUUGUUUUUGAUUUUGUUGAUUUUAAGGAUGUUUUGUCACAGAGAUACAAGGAGGGUACAACAAUAGAUUUCAUCGGUUACGUUGUUGUUUGCUAUAAGAUUGAGGACACUAACAAAAAAGAUGGUACUAAAGGAAAACGCCUCAAUCUUAAACUUCAAGAUCUCGAAGAUGUUGAGGUUGAUUUAACUCUUUGGGAUGAUUAUGCGAAAGACAUGUGUUCGUACAUGCUUAGUCAAGAUCGUGAAGCCCAUGUUGUCAUUGUUGUUCAUUUUGGUGCCGUUAAAACCUACAAAGGUAAAUGGGGGAUAUCUAAUAAUUUUGAUGGUACACGAGUCUUCAUUAACGACAAUUUUGAUCAGAUAUUGACAUUCAAGGAAAAGUUUAUUGCAAAACUUUCUGCUUCAUCCGAGUCAAGUAGCCAUGUUGGGUCGUAUGUUUUAUGUUCUGUUGAAGAUGAAUUUAUGAAAAAUGAUGUUUUCUCACCAAUUGCUUAUCUUGGUUCAAUCAUACAGCCAAAAAAGGUUGUUAUUGUGGGAACUAAUGUAGCAAUUGUUUCUGAUAAGAUGUGGUAUUAUGAUGGAUGUAACUAUUGCAAAUCCAAAGUUGAGCAAAAGUUUGAAACAUACGAUAAGGAAGAUGGUACAAGUGAUGUUAGAGAUGAGAAGGUAUACCAGUGUUCCAACAAGGAUUGUGAUGGAAAAGAUGUUUUCCCAAUGUCGAGGUUUAAAAUACCAAUUCGAGUUCAAGAUUCAACUGGUACGGUGACACUUACAAUGUUUGAUCAUGAGGCGUUGAAGUUUGUUGGUAAAACUGCAAAGGAACUUAUUCAUUCAAUACUUAAUACCAAUGACGUGCCCAGAGCAUAUCCUGUUGAGUUUGAGACAUUGGUUAACAUGAAGUGUGCUUUCGUUAUUCGAGUAACAGACUUUAAUAUUUCCAAUGCUGUUGAGAAUUAUGGUACAUCAGUUGUGACGAAUGAUGUAGAUAUUUUGGAUCAGCUAAACAAAAAAUGGAAAAUUGAUCAACUUGAUGCAUCUGAUUCGUUUUCUAUGGGUCACUCUGAAUUCCAAGAUGUUGUUGGUGAAAGUGCAAAGGAUGGUGUUUCUUACACUGGUGAUAACUCUACACCUGUUUCAAAGGAUGUUGCGUCUGAUUUCAAUAAAUCAUCAACUGAUUUGAAGCGUAAUCUUGGUGAUGUCUAUGUGAGUGAAGAUGGAGAAGGAUCGUCGGCAAUUGCCGAGGCAAAAAGAAGGCGUAGGUUAAGAAAACUAUAUAUUGAUAGUAAGAGAUCAAAGUUUAAUCGAAAUUGUAUUCCAUCAAAAGUGGAUUCAACGUCUUCAUCAGCAACACGGGUCGUUUUAAACAACAAAGAAAACAUGACACCUAAUUUUUCAAAGAGAAGCUUGCCUACAAAUUGUUCACCAGUUAUUCCUUUAAGAAAUCGUUUAAAUACUUCCUUAAACGGACAAACUUCCAUUAUAACCCCUUCUACUAUUAAGAAGAACGGAAAAGAUGUGCAAGACCCUUAUACAACACCCAACCGUACACCUUUGUCAAAUUUAUCAAACAUAAUACCAGGAAAUCAUUGCAUUUCUUCAAGAACGGUUACUUUUACAUCUGGGUUGGUUUUAACUUUGAAUGGAAAGACCAAUGUAGUAUUGCAAGAUUCUUCUAAAUUUAUUCGAAGUUCGAAUACUGCAAACAAAGAAAACGUAACACCUUCUUCGUGUAUGACAAAUAUACCUUCAGAAAAUCGUAAUCCCUCACAGUUUACUAAUGCUAUGUCUUCUUUGAACCGUAUUUCUCCAGACAAUGUUGCAACGUCAUCUACUUUACCACUGACCGAUUGUUAUUCUAUUACUCCGCGGAUUGUUAGUAAACGAAAUGCUACAUCUAUUAUGAGGGAUUUGUCUUCUGUUAAAAGGAUGUCUUCUGGAAGGCGUAAGUUGACGCAUACACCAAUCGAAAUAGAACCCAUACGAACGGCUGAUCUUGAUUCUGACGACGAAAAUGUUGUUCAACAAGUGAUUAAAGUCCUCAGCAAAGGCACAUCUACAGCUUACCUUGACCAUGGCGACCAGUCUGUUUGUUGUGGGUUAUGCUUUGCAAAGUUGUGGCAAACUGAAGCUGGAAAGGGUCGUAUGACACUUCAAAAGCGAACAUAUGCCUUAUGUUGUGGUUAUGGUAAAGUUGACUUACCUGAUUAUAAAGAAUCUGACCCAUCUUACCAGAUGCUUUUUCGAUCUUUAGAUUCAGAUAAAUCAGCGAUCAAAAUGGGUAGCCUUCUUCCUAAACCCGGUGACCAACCAAAGUUUUCUCAACUUUAUAUUUACGAUACUGAGAGUGAACUGUCCAAUAGGAAGACCUUAUUUGGGGACUCAACAACUCAGUCAUCUUCCAGAUCAAAAGAGCUUGACGAUAAAUUCAUAAAGUAUCUAACUCACAUGUUAGAUUCAAAAAAUAUGUUGGUAAAAACAUAUUGGAUGGUUAGAAACCAUCUUCAUGAGAAACCCAAUGUUUCUCUUAGGCUUCGGUUGAUUUAUCAGAGAGAUAAAGAUGGCAGGACUUACAAUUUACCUACAUCAUCCGAAAUUGCUGCUUUAAUUGUUGGCGAUGAAAAUCAAAGUGUUGAACAACGUGAUAUUAUUGUCGAAGAGCAGUCAGGAGUUCUUAAACGUAUUAGCGACUUACAUCCUUCAUACCUUGCUUUACAAUAUCCAAUUCUUUUUCCUUAUGGAGAUGAUGGCUAUAGGAUUAACAUUCCUCAUAGGGAUUUUGGUCCAAACACAAAGAAGACACGUCCAAAUUGCACAAUGAGAGAGUUCUUUGCUUAUAGGAUGCAGGAUAGGGACAACAAAUUCUCUCUAAUCCUUAAUGCGAGGAGGUUGUAUCAGCCGUUUAUAGUCGACGCAUACACAAUGAUCGAAAGCGAGCGGCUAAACUACAUAAGAUUUCAGCAAACCAAAUUAUGA